UACAUCUCAUCUCAUAUAUAAAAAGCAGCAACUUCAGUUCCUCAUCUUCCCUUUUUGCUCUUCCUCCCCAAAAAUCCAUAUAAAAACAAGAAAGUAAACUUAAAUCUUGAAGACCCACUUCUUUGUAUUUGUUUCCUUGGAUUUUCAUUUGUCUGCAUAAAAUUUGUGCUGGAAGCAGCUGAGAACAUAUGAUUUUCCGCAUAUUUCCCAUCUGGGUUAUGUCAGUUGCAUGCGAAUAUUAGGUUAUAUUCAGUGAAUUUUGAAGGGAAAAGAUGAAUCUUGGAGUGAAUCCCAUGUCUUUUACUAGUUCAAGUGCUUCCUGGAAGUCCGGCGACGGAGUUUCCGACCAGUUUCCGGCGGGUCUCAGAGUGCUUGUUGUGGAUGAUGACCCCACUUGUCUGAGGAUCUUGGAGAAGAUGCUUAGGAGUUGCCUCUAUGAAGUUACCAAAUGUAGUCGAGCAGAGGUUGCUUUGAAGCUACUUAGGGAUAAUAAAGAUGGCUUUGACAUUGUUAUUAGCGACGUCCACAUGCCGGACAUGGAUGGUUUUAAACUUCUAGAGCAUGUUGGACUCGAGAUGGACCUCCCAGUCAUCAUGAUGUCGGCGGAUGAUAGCAAAAAUGUUGUGAUGAAGGGUGUUACUCACGGUGCUUGUGACUAUCUCAUAAAACCGGUUCGCAUGGAGGCAUUGAAGAACAUAUGGCAGCACGUGGUUCGAAAAAAGAAGCAUGAGUGGAGGGAAAAGGAUUUUGAACAAUCAGGAAGUGUGGAAGAGGGAGAACGGCAGCAAAAACCAUCUGAAGAUGUUGAUUACUCCUCAUCUGCUAAUGAAGGGAAUUGGAAAAGUUCCAAGAAAAGGAAGGAUGAGGAAGAUGAAGCGGAGGAAAGGGAUGAUUCAUCUACAUUGAAAAAACCACGGGUCGUUUGGUCGGUCGAGCUCCAUCAACAAUUUGUAACUGCUGUUAAUCAACUUGGAAUUGACAAGGCCGUACCUAAGAAAAUCCUGGAAUUAAUGAACGUCCCUGGACUUACAAGAGAGAAUGUUGCGAGCCACCUUCAGAAAUAUCGUCUUUAUCUUAGACGGUUGAGCGGACAGCACCAGAAUGGACUUGGAAACUCUUUUAUGGGGCCCUCUGAUGCGACCUUUGGGCCAAUGACUGCACUCAAUGGUCUUGAUCUUCAAGCUCUUGCUUCUUCUGGUCAACUCCCGCCACAAAGUCUUGCCACAAUCCAGGCCGCAGCACUUGGUAGAGCUACGAACAAGUCUGCCAUAUCUGUUCCCAUGGUUGAUCAAAGAAACAUUUUCAGCUUUGAGAGCCCGAAGAUUAGGUUUGUGGAUGGGCAGCAACAGCAUAACAAUAGUACUAAGCAAGUGAAUUUACUUCAUGGAAUCCCAACAAAUAUGGAUUCAAAACAGCUUGCUGCUUUGCACCAAUCUGCACAGCCGUUUAGUAACAUGAACAGGCACAUCCACUCCCAGUCGAGUCAAAGCAACUCGUUAUUGACACAGAUGGUUCAACCACAGUCGAGGACCCAAAUUUUGAAUGAAGUUGGUGGAAGCCAUGUCUUGAAUCUUCCAUCUUCUGUGGGUCAACCGGUUUUGUCCCAGGCAAUUCCUGGUGCUCUCUUGGGCCGGAAUGGGAUCGAUAAUGUUCACGGACCGACAUAUGCUUCUGUUUCCCAGCCCUCGGCUGUAGUAGAUUUUUCAAGGAGUCAGCGGGCAGAGUUGCCAGGGAAUAGCUUUUCACUUGUGGGUAACUCAGGAAUCCCGACUCUAGCCACUAAAGGGAUGCUCCAAGAAGAUUUUAACUCAGAAAUGAAAGGAAAUAGAGGUUUCAUGCCUAACUAUGAUGUUUUCAACGAGCUAAACCAGAACAGAACGGAGGAUUGGGGCUUGCAAAGUGUUGGAUCAAACUUUGAAGCUCCUCAACAUACGAAUUUACAAGGCCGCUUGGAUGUUGCACCAUCGGUUUUAGUUCAACCUGGAUUUUUGUCUGAUCGACAUAUUGGGAUUCCAUCUGUUAAUAAGACAGCAUUCUCAGCUGCCGACGGAGUUGUCAAUACAGCGAACCUUAGCCAGGCGCUUACCUCGUCUCUUCCUGAUAAUGCCUUAAGAAUUAAGGCUGAAAGACUACCUGACAUGGGCUUCCAGAAUGGCCCGUUUCCUGAUCAGUUUGGCCAGGACGACCUCAUGAGUGCACUUCUCAAGCAGCAGCAAGAAGGCAUUGUACCCGCAGAAACAGAUUUUGGCUUUGACGGCUACCACUUGGAUAAUCUUCCCGUGUAAUUUGCCUAGCCGACUCUUUGUACAUAGUUGCAGUUAACAGCUGAAGCUGACCUCUAGCGAUCAACGGCCGGGCUGAAACUCUAGGUGUCUUUAAUCUUUUUCAACGCUUCAAGACGUAGAAUCUUGGUAAUGUUUUUACUGCAGUAUUCUAGUGUGAAUAGGUUCCGGGCUUCAUUUUUUGAAAGCAAAAAUGCACAACACAUGGCUCGAUCGUCUGUGGAACGAGAAAUGUGCACAGUAUGCAAAGCGUACAGUGCGAAAAUUUUUGGUUGGAUUUAGAGGAGGGGUAGGUGAUUGUAGUAUAAAGAUUGUUGGAAUGGAGAAUGGAUUUUCCCUGAUUGUUAGGGUACUCUUUCAUUCUUGAUUGUGGGAUCAAAUGAUAAGCUAUCUGCAACAACCCUUUAGAGUUAAAAUAAAUGAUUUUGAUUUGAAAUUGGUAUA